AGCUGUCACCCGGAGCAGGCUGCGCACCGCCCAGGCAGAGUCGGUGCGUCUGAGACUCGGACGCUUCGGGUCGUGGAGAGCAGACCAGCCAUGGCCACCACCAACGGGGCUGUGGAAAAUGGACAAUCGGAUGGGAAACCUCCUGCCCUGCCGCGACCCAUUCGCAACUUGGAGGUUAAGUUCACCAAGAUAUUUAUCAACAACGACUGGCAUGAAUCCAAGAGUGGGAAAAAGUUUGCCACAUAUAACCCUUCAACUCUAGAGAAAAUCUGUGAGGUGGAAGAAGGCGAUAAGCCCGAUGUGGACAAGGCCGUGGAGGCCGCACAAGCUGCCUUCCAGCGGGGCUCACCGUGGCGCCAGCUGGAUGCCCGGAGGCGAGGCCAGUUGCUGCAACAGCUGGCCGAUCUUGUGGAAAGGGACCGUGCGAUCCUGGCAACUCUGGAGACAAUGGACACCGGGAAGCCAUUCCUCCAAGCCUUCUUUGUCGACCUGGAGGGCUGCAUUAGGACCUUCAGAUACUUUGCCGGGUGGGCAGACAAAAUCCAGGGCAGGACCAUCCCCACAGAUAACAACGUUGUGUGUUUUACCAGGCACGAGCCCAUCGGGGUGUGUGGGGCCAUUACACCAUGGAACUUCCCCCUGCUGAUGCUGGCCUGGAAGCUGGCUCCUGCCCUGUGCUGCGGGAACACUGUGGUCCUGAAGCCUGCUGAGCAGACACCCCUCACCGCCCUGUACCUUGGCUCUCUCAUCAAAGAGGUCGGGUUCCCUCCAGGUGUGGUGAACAUCGUGCCAGGCUUCGGGCCCACCGUGGGAGCAGCAAUCUCCUCUCAUCCACAGAUCAACAAGAUAGCCUUCACAGGGUCCACAGAGGUCGGAAAGCUGGUUAAAGAAGCCGCCUCCCGGAGUAACCUGAAGAGAGUCACACUGGAACUGGGGGGCAAGAACCCCUGCAUCGUGUGUGCCGAUGCCGACCUGGACUUGGCGGUGGAGUGUGCUCACCAAGGAGUGUUCUUCAACCAAGGCCAGUGCUGCACAGCAGCCUCCAGGGUGUUUGUGGAAGAGCAGGUCUACGGGGAGUUUGUGAGGAGGAGUGUGGAGUAUGCCAAGAAGAGGCCAGUUGGAGAUCCCUUCGAUGCCAAAACGGAGCAGGGACCCCAGAUCGAUCAAAAGCAGUUUGACAAAAUCCUUGAGCUGAUCGAGAGUGGGAAGAAAGAAGGGGCCAAGCUAGAAUGUGGGGGUUCAGCCAUGGAAGACAGGGGGCUGUUCAUCAAACCCACUGUCUUCUCGGACGUUACAGACAACAUGAGGAUCGCCAAAGAGGAGAUUUUCGGGCCAGUGCAGCCAAUACUGAAGUUCAAAAAUCUUGAAGAAGUGAUCAAAAGAGCAAACAGCACCGACUACGGACUCACGGCAGCAGUGUUCACCAAGAACCUCGACAAAGCCCUGAGGCUGGCUUCUGCGCUGGAGUCGGGCACAGUCUGGGUCAACUGCUACAAUGCAUUCUAUGCACAGGCUCCAUUUGGUGGCUUCAAAAUGUCUGGGAACGGCAGAGAACAAGGUGAGUAUGCUCUGGCUGAGUAUACAGAAGUGAAAACUGUCACCAUCAAACUCGAUGACAAGAACCCCUGAAGGACAGACCGGUUUCUUCCUCAAAAGCUGGACAGCUGUCUGGUGGUGACUCCAACUUGCCUCGAGCAGAAAGCAGGGUGACAGUGCUCAUCUUCCCAGGACCCUCUCUUCUGGACACUCGGUCUACUGGAGUUUAAUCGUUUUGAUUUUCCUCUCACACUCAUGCUUUAGGGACCAAACUGGGUGGCUGGCUGGAUGCUGUGUGAAACUGCAGGCCUGCCUGGGGAGGAACCGGUAUCCAGCUGUGACUUUGCCCUUAGCUUAAAUGCAGAGCACAGCAAAGACAACCAGGGCUCUGUUAAUAGGAGAUGGUCUCUGGAGUGUCCCGCAGUUACUUUAAAUGUUUUGCUGACCCCAGUAGGAACGUGAAAAAGCUCACUGCAUGUACCGCAAGCAGAUCCGUUCCCAGGAGCUCCUAGAGGUCACCUGUGCAUGGGACAAGUCCGUCCUCAUUCUGAGGUUGAAAUGGGACUAUUCACAAGCAAAAGAUUAGUGCUGGCAUGAAAGGAGAAUCCUGGGGAGUUCAGGGGAAACACAUGCCAAGGAAAGACUCCAGAAGGCUCUGGUCUGUGAGGGUGCCAGUCCCGAAGGCUGCAUAUUAACGCUGACCAUGGGAUUCACCUUGCAAACAGCCCUGACUUUGUAAUGACCAAAUCAACAUCCCAAAGAGUUUGCCCUAUAGUAAUGAGAUGGUCAGCCAUAACCAAGGCCCUUCUUAGUCAGAGAGCAUCCUCAGUGUCACCUUUGCCACCGACGAGUCAUUUAGGAACUGCCCUAGCAGAGCAAACCCUAGGCAAUCGAGCCGUACAUUUGACACUUGGAGCCAUUACUCACUUUUGCAAAUUACCCAUUCUACCACAUUCAGUAAUGGGUGCGUCCACUUCCUUUUUCUUUUCUCCAGCUCCAUUACCCGUGUUAGACUGGUAAAGUGCAUGCCACUGAGAGACAGCUGCCACUGCAUAGCUCUGUAGUUGUAAAGUCCCGUUUGGGUUUUCAUUUCUGAUUGAUUAACCUAUGACACCUGGAUCCCAUAGGGGACUCGGUCUCCAGCCAAGUGACCUGGAUAUUCCACUCACACUAUAACGUUUUUCUUUUCCUCUUCCGUGUAUCCAUGUGAUAUGCCAAUUCUAUCUUUUAACUUGGGAAACUAAAACCGUUCCUGUAAUGCUCUAAGAAUAGAAGCACGCUCAUUGGGUUGACUGUCAUUUGGGUCCUUUUACUGCCAGCAACACACACCCCUCCAAUUGGCUGUGAUGCUUACACUUAAGGUUUAAAGUGGGACUGAGCAAGAGUGGAAACGAAGCUUCGUAUCAGAAGCAGCGUGUGUAUAAAGCAUAAGAUGCGUGAGCUGGAGCUCUCAGGCGAGUCAGAGACAAGCAGUAUUCCAUCCACCCUCUUUCCUGCCUCAGCACUUAUACUACCUGUAACUGGUUAAAUCAGGAUGUGGCCCCAUACAGUGAACUUUCAGUAUCUCAAUAACUCUCGGCACUACAAUACAUUAGAGGGUUGCUAUUCCUCCAUUGUACAAUAAUGCCUUUACUAUGAAAUGUUACAUUAUUUAUAAUUGGUAUCAUUAAUGUAUCUUUUUAUAGCUGUAAGUACACAGAGGUAGCAUAUUUAACCUUCUGUAAUAUACUGUAUUUAGAAAUGAAAAUCUAUAUAAUGUUAGAUUUCACUUCUUUAAGGGUUACCCCUGUGGUAUGGGUUUUAAAUUAAUCAGAGUGGGAAUCCUGAUCGUAACUUCAGAUCUUGUUCAGCAAUGACAAAAUAAAAUUGGACACUUGAGAAACAA